UCCCCGCGUGUCCCUGCUCCCGCAUUCCCCCGUAUUCCCCCCACCCCGCGCGGAAAGGAUGGCGCGGGUGGGCGCGGCCCUGCUGGCGGGGCUGCUGGCGAGGCUGGCGCUGGUGUUGUAUGGGCUGCACCAGGACCGCGCCAUGCGGGUGCGCUACACCGACGUCGACUACCGGGUGUUCACGGACGCGGCGCGGCUGGUGACCGAGGGGCGCUCGCCCUACUGGCGGGCCACGUACCGCUACACGCCGCUUCUGGCCUGGCUCCUGACGCCCAACGUGUUCCUCGCCGAGGCCUUCGGGAAGCUGCUCUUCGUGGCCGGGGACCUGGCGGUUGCCGUCGUGGCCUACCGGGCCCUGCGGCUCCGGGGGACCCCCGCCGGCCGCGCCUGCGGCUGCUGCGCCGCCGCCUGGCUCCUCAACCCCCUGCCCAUGGCCGUGUCCAGCCGGGGCAACGCGGAGGCGCUGGUAGCGCUGCUGGUGCUCGCCACCCUGUACUGGGUGGAGGCGGGCAGCGUAGGCAAGGCCGCCGUGUGCUACGGGCUGGCCGUGCACAUGAAAAUCUAUCCCCUGAGCUACGCGCUGCCCAUAGCGCUCCGCCUGAGCACCAGGCCGGGCCGCGGGCAAGGGGCGCUGCGUGCGCGGGGUGACCAGACGGCGAAGGUCACGUUUAUGGCGCGCCUCUGGCACCUCUUUGGAAAGUUGCCGAACCGCGACGUGCUAUUCUUUGGAACAGUUGCCGGAUCAGUGCUGGCUGCCUUGACUGUGGCAUUUUAUCGCCUCUAUGGCUGGGAGUUUUUGGAGCAUGCCUACCUCUAUCACCUGACUAGGAGGGAUAUCCGUCAUAACUUCUCUCCCUAUUUCUACAUGUUGUACUUGACAGCAGAGAGCAAAUGGAGUUUUGCCCUUGGGCUCGCAGCUUUCCUGCCCCAGCUGCUUUUGCUCCUGGUGGUGUCCAUAGCGUUCUACAGAGACCUCGCCUUCAGCUGUUUCUUACACACCGCUAUUUUUGUGACUUUUAACAAAGUAUGCACAUCCCAGUACUUUGUCUGGUAUCUCUGCCUUUUGCCCCUCGUAAUGCCUAGCAUUAAGAUGUCCUGGCGUCGGGGCAUGCUGCUUCUCUUUCUGUGGUUCAUCGGACAAGGCCUAUGGCUUACUCCUGCAUACUUUUUGGAGUUCAAAGGAUGUAACACUUUCUUAUUUAUAUGGUUGGCAGGCUUGCUUUUUCUUUUAAUUAAUAGCCUCAUAAUUGUUCAGAUUAUUUCACAUUAUCAAAAAGAAGCACAAGUAGCAAAAAAACUGAAACAACGGUAA